GCUUCGUAAGCUUCAUAUAUAUUAUUAACGGGGAAGACGAAGGAGUUCGCCCGUUCAUGGAUGGGGUGAUGAAGGCGUGAUCGGUUCGAAGCCUGGCCUUCCCGCGGGUGGGGAGUACCAAAAUCGAGUCGGGGUCGCCUCCGCCUCACACACGGAAUCACUCUCGCCCUCUUGCACCCCUUCUUGGCCUGCUGCGGCUCCCUCCUACAGCAGGUGGCGCGGCGACAAAAAGGAGGUGCCUCUGAACAUGUGCAGAGUGCGUUCUCUUCCCCCCCGUCUUGGUGGGUAGGUGCGCGUGUGAAUUGUGAUGCCUGAAAAACACUGCUGAGGGCUUUCCUCUGCGGAUGUGUCUAUUCGAUCACGCACGCAGAAUCUGAUGAAGUGGGCGGAUUCGCGGCAUAUGCCUCCCCCAGCUUGCCGUCCUCCAGGAGAAAUGGAGGAGCUGAGCAAAGCGCUCGCCAGCAGCUUCGCGGUUUCCCAGGACCUCAACAGCACGGCGGCCCCGCACCCCCGGCUGGCCCAGUACAAGUCCAAGUACAGCUCCUUGGACCAGUCUGAGAGAAGACGCAAACUCCUUGAGCUCCAGAAGACGAAGCGACUUGAUUAUAUAAACCAUGCUAGGAGGUUGGCAGAGGAUGACUGGACAGGGAUGGAGGAGGAACAAGGGAGGAAAGACGCUGAUGGCGGAGAUAGCGAAGACAUGGAGGUGGAGGCUGGGAGGAAGCUACCGAAGCGGUACGCCAACCAGCUGAUGCUCUCCGAAUGGCUGAUCGACGUCCCCCCGGAUCUGGUCCCGGAAUGGCUCUUGGUGGUGUGUCCAAUGGGGAAGAGGGCACUCAUCGUGGCAUCAAAGGGUUCCACGGCUGCAUACACCAAAAGUGGCUUCUGUGUCAAUCGAUUUCCUUCUCUUUUGCCAGGGGGCAACCGCUGCAGUUCAGGAACAGGGAAAGAAUACACCAUCCUGGACUGCAUCUACAACGAGGCCAAGCAGACGUACUACAUCCUGGACGUGAUGUGCUGGCGGGGGCACCCGGUGUACGACUGCCAGACAGAUUUCAGGUUCUACUGGCUGCAAUCAAAGAUGCAAGAGGAAGGAGCCCUGGGAGAGAAAAGCCGACUGAAUCCGUUUAGGUUUGUGGGCCUGGAGAGCUAUUCGUGUUCGCCUGAAAGCCUGCGCAAGGUGCUGGCCACGGACUUCCCCUUCGAGGAAUUAAAUCGCUUCCUUUGGAGAUUUGAGCCAUGGAGAUGGACGCGUGCAAGACGAUGGCUUAGUUUUCAAAGGUUUCCAUGCCUUCCACAGCGGAUUAGAAUCCCCUGGUGCUCCGCUUGGGGAUAAACAGCUUAUACACUUGAAAACUUGCUGUAGACGGUUGGCCAUCUGCAGUGAAGUGGGAAGGCCUUUUGCCUCACGCACUGGGCUGGAUCGUGAGGGCAUCGGUGAGGCAGUUUGGUCGAAUGCCCUGCUCGAGAACGAUUCCAGAACUUGAAAUGCCCUUGACUCCUUGGGUGAUCCACUCAUUGCCCGGCUGCUUCUGUGGUCCGACCCCGCUGCAGCUGAAGACCGUGAGAUCUGGUUCAGACAGGUGGGGUGGCUGAGCGCUCUGGCUCUAGGACCUCACUGAUGGAACGGGUGGAGCAAACAUCCAGCAGCAGUGAGCCAGAGGCUCUGGGGAGGACUGCCUGCCCCCUUGUUCGGGGACCAGGGGCCUUGUGCACGACCAUCCGUACGGAAUAGCCCGAUUAGCCGCCCCAAAGGCUGUCUUUUGGGGCGAUCAGUCUGGCUGUCCUCGAGAAGCACCCUUUCUUUCCGCUGGACCGGCCAGUGGCCCCUGCCCAACUGAAAAAGCCCACAUUCAGGACCUGCUAGGACAAUAGGAAAGCUGCUCUGGACAUACAUUUGCAUGACGGCUGAGUCCACACACCUUCCCUGUCCGAGGAGCCCCCUCUUCCCCCAACCCGCAAAGAAAAGACCCCACUUCUCUGCUUUGAUUAGACCAGGGCAGCAGGGGCUGAAACCGAGCAUCGGGUCCUGGCCGGGUGAGCUCUCCAAGUCGUCUUGGGAGGCACCGGGGUCACUGGCCAGGGUGGUAGAAGGAGCAGCUGAGUCGCUUCUCUUUACCCAAAUGAAAGCAGCGUCAGCAGAACUUGUCAUGUGCCCACGUUGGACCAAAACGAUCUCCUUUCCCCUUGUCCAACAUUAGCCACGCUGAACUGAGAGCCCCGGGGUCAAAGUCUCCCGUAGUAACAUCUUGUUUUGGUAAUAAUGAAGCCCAACAAAUCCAUGCGGGGCUACCAAAGUUACUUAUUAACAUUUGUGCGGCUCAAACCUCUCCCCUCGCCUCGUCGAUUUUCCUUUUCUCUGGGGGCUUGUGCAUUUCCAUUUUGUUGCAUUUAUUGUGUCUGCAUACUGCCCAGCAGAGCUCUGGGUGACUCAGGGCGAUGCAAGGAAGCCUUUUAAUGACCAUUACAAUAAGCACAUCGUUACAAUAAGAAACAACUCAGAUAGUUCAUUUCACACAUACCUGCACUGUUACUUCUGAGAUGAGUUACAGGGUGGCCAAAAUCAAUAAUGGCGGCAUAAUAUCAAUUACUGUUCAUCAGUCAUGUGUAAGUCAGGACCAAACGCACUAAAUGAACCUUUGAGGCAGUAAUAUGGAAUCAAAACUGCAAGUGGCCGUUCAAAGGGGACAAAAUUCACCAAUCGCCACGAGGUUCCUUUCUGCCUGCAGCAGCUGAUCUGCUCCGUGGCCUCACCUGUGGCAGUUCUUUUUUUUUUUCAUUUUUUAAAAUUAAACUGCCAAAAACAAUACAAUUAAUAAUGAACAUGAUAAUGAUUAAGCGUAAUUAAACAAUACUGGUGCUACCCACACCAGGACCAGCAGAUCAAGACACUCAAUAUAAUUUAUUUAUUUGGGAUCUUUUUAACCUGUCCACCACUCUGGCUCUCUGGACGGCUUACGUAAGAUAAUUUAUUCCUUCAGGUUGCCCCGCUUCCCUUCCAGAACCGCACUGACUCCUGUGAGGGCCGGCAGAGGCGCUUAGGGCCCGGCCGGCACGAGGGUGGCGGUGGGUCUCUUCUCCGUUCUCCAGUUGUUCCCACGGCUGGCUCAGUGGUACAAGGGCAUGGAACGACCGCUUCUGUGCUUGCAAGGAGAGCCCUGCUUGAUCAGACGGAAUCUGUCUGGCCGAGAUAGCCGGCCAGAUGCCUCUGUGGGAAGCCCCUUCCCACCCAUCUUCCCCCGCAUCCGGAGGCAGACCAAUGGCCCAUGUAGUCCCGCAUCAACAGCCCUGUGUGACGCUGGCUGUCCAAGGAUCCAGGCCCCAUCCAGGCACUUUCCUAGUCCUACCUGGCGAGGCCAACAUUUGAUCCCGGGGCCUUUUCUCCGUGCAAAGCGUCUGCUCUACAGCCCUUACCCGAAGAGUUUACCUGUGGUUCAGCGAUACCCCGGGACACGUAGAGCCUACUCACCCCUAACCAUGCUUAGACUCUAAACCAGGAUUGAGAUCUGUUUCUAAUCUUUGUGACGUGAGGCGUGAUUGUGCUAGUUGGGAUGCGAGGCUGGCCCUUGCGGAGAUCAAAGAAGUGGAAACAGGUUCCAGAAAUGGGGAUUCACCUCAGGAGAGAAAGCUCAAAGCUGCAGAGUCUUCGGUCCAUGGUAAUAGAUCUUAUGGUGCAGCCCUGCACAGGUCUGCUCGGAAGUACUUAGCAUUAUUUUCAAGGGCACUUUCUCCUAGAUACAUGCAUGGGAUUGUAGCCUAGCCUUCGGGUACAAUCCCAUGCAUGUUUAUACAGAAAAAACCCCCUAUAUUUCCCAGGAACACUGGGAGCUGUGAGAUAUUUUUCUUAUCCAAAUGUGCAUAAGACUGUACCUCUGUUGCUUUAAUUAGUAACCGAAUGACAGAUUGUUUAGGAAAUCUCUCUCACACAGGUUUUAAAUGAUUUAACAGUCUGUACUCUUUCUUCCCGGGGAUUCUUGGAAGUUGUACUUCUGUGAGAGAGAGGAGGAGCUUGGAAUCUUGUAACAGCAUUCUUGGCACCUGCCUUAGCCUAUCAUUCCCAGGAAGGCUUGCAGGAAAUAAUCACUCAAAGCCAUUUCGGCUUCUGUGGUAGAUAAUGCGCCCUUCGUAGUUGUUCUCAGGAUUGCCCAGCAGAGUCGCAAACCUGUUGUAUUGAAGCCAGCCCGAGAACUGGCUUGGCUGCUGCUUGACGAAGAGACUUGCAUAGCUCAGAGUUACGGCCAAGAUUGCCAGCUUCAUUAUUCCUUUCCAGAAAUGGAGCCUCUUGAUCCACCGGGGAAGGCAUUGUGUGCACAGGACUAGAUCUGGCGCAGCACUGGUCAUGUGCAGCUUCCACUAGAGGGGGCCCAGCCAAGCUCUGUCCCUGCUGGCCGUUGUAGGAGCUGCGUGUGUGAGCAUCACAGGGUCACGGGACAGGAGAAUUGGAAGGGUCGGACGAGUCCGCCCCCUGCUCAGUGCAGGACUCCAGGUUUUAAAUCGUCCCUCUCAGAUCCGGCUGCACCUUGAGUGCCUCCAGUGGAGGAGAUCCGUAGCCUCCCUAGGCCACCGGUUCCUUUGUUGUGCUGCCCUGACAGGGAAUUUUUCCUGAUACCCAGCUGGAAUCUGGCUUCCUGGAAUUGAGCCUGUUCUUCCAUGUCCUUUACUCUGGGAUGCUAAAGAAGCAAUCCUGGCCCUUCUCUCCGUGACAACUUUUCAAGGACUUGAAGAGUGCUAGCAAACCGCCUCUCGGUCUUUUCCUCUUGAGGCCAAACAUGCCCAGUUCCUUCCAUUUCUCCUCCUAGGGCUUUGUUUCCAGUCCUGGAUGAUCUUUGCCACCCUCCUCUGAACCCUUUCCAGCUUCUCUGCACCUCUCUCAAACCAGUGUUGAGUCAAGGGGAACCAGGACUUCAUGGGAUGUGGAAGUGAUACUCCUAUUCAUGCAGCCUAAAAUACCGUCCUGCUAUUUUUGGCCGCCUUCUCUUGCUUUUGGCACUCCUGUGACGAGAACGCAGCCCCAGGGAGCCUUCCCGGCAUGGAAUUUGGUCCCUGGGCUGAGAGCGGCUCCGCAGGGAGGGUGUCCCCAUGCAGGUGAUGCACAGCACGCGACACCUGCUGAACGCCUCGCGUCUCCGGGGCUCAUUCCCUGCUUCCCAUCUGGCCACCCGUGGCCUGAAGCUAGUUCAAGCCCCUCUGCCUGCCUGCGGAGUGAAAUGCUGAUGCAAAUACCUCCCAGUCAAGUCCCGGGCUUUGCACAGACGGUAACUUUAGCUUCCUUUCCUGAUGAGGCUGGCGUCAGCAGCGUGACUCAGUGGCAAGGAGACAGACAGUGCAUUAAAUAAACACGAGACGCACUCCAAGGUGGAAUGAUGUGGGCCACCAAAGGGAGGAGGCCAUUCUCCCAGUGGUGGCACUAAAUUGGGCUUUCCUUGUACACCGUCACGCCGCGGACGGGAAUGGCUGCCUGCAUUUCCGUCCUUUUAGAGGUGCUAAUGAUGCGCUCUCUCUCUCUCUCUCUCUCUCUCUCUCUCUCUUUUUGGCAAAGCACUAUUUUUGCAGGCUUGGGAGAGGAAAGGGUUUGCCCAGCCUGAGGACAUUCUUCUAUUUUUAAAUCUAUUUCAUUGGUACAGACCUCAUUUGUGUAUUUUGUAAUGGCUUAAUUAAAAGGGCCGACCACUUUUAAUUUCCGGAGGCUAGCCAUGUCAGUCUUUGGCAGCCCCCCCUCCCAGAAAAAGGGUCUUGAGACAUCUUAAAGCCAAAUAACUUUUAUUUCGGGCACAGGCCUCUGUGGACUCUAGCCCGUGUCAUCAGCUGCACAGAGCAUUAUGGGAAUUGUAGUCCAGCACAGCUGAGAGGCCCCAGGUUGGGAGAAAGCUGGCUAAAGGCACAGCUGUUUUGAGCCGAAUUUGUUAAAUUCUGCCUGGAUUUUUAAUUUUCAAACAAACAAAACCGGGUGCUGCCUCCGCACUGGGCUGAAACUCUUCCUGCCAGAAACUGUGUUUUGCCUCCGCUGUUGUUGCGGGAGGACAGCAACACCGACGUCUCAGUGAGCGUGUGCAUCUUGGUCCGGUGAGCUUUCUACGUGCUGCUGAAUGACACCUGCACUCUGCAAGGACAGGGACGUGUUGCUCGAAAAUUUCCAGAUUGCCAUUCUAAGGGUGUGGCAAGGCAGCGCAAUUCCCAGAGCUCGGCAUUACAUCUUGUAAGUGGGAGCUUGCUGCUCGGGCUUUUUCCAGGAUCCUCUGUGCCGUUCUCAGAUUUCUAUCCCUCCUGGGCUAUGCUGGGAGUCCCCCACACCCUUGGGACACCUAAUUUCUGCAGUGGGGCAUUGGAUUUGCAUCCUUCCACAGUCCUUGGACUCCCCCCAGGGCUGCUGAUUCCUUUCUCGCAGAGAGAGACAGCACUGCAUUUGCUACAAAAGAAUCUGCACCUGGCAAAUGAGUUUGUUAUUAGUGUUUACGCUGUUUAUUCCGUUACUAUUUGCUUCAUAGCCCAAGCUUUCUCGGCAGUCCACAUCGGUUACAAUAAUUAAAUGUAGCGUGAUCAAACAUAACAAAAAGCUUGAAAGGUUUAAAACAACCUCGGAGACCAAACUGAAAGGCGGCAGUGCUAAGAUUCGAAAUGCAGUCACAGAUCCGAAAGCAGCAGGGACUGGAAGACUAAAAUGCCAGCAAAAUAAACAUUCUUCACCUGGUGCUAAAAGACUGCAUUGUCAGUGCCAGAUGAGACUUUCUGAGCAAGGUGGUUUUGGUUGGGGGGUUUCUCAAGUGACGGGCAGCAGUCAGCUGGGAGCCGGGGGUUUGUCAGUGAGACGUAGCCGAGAAACACGCCAAGACGUGUCAGAGGCGGUUUUCGCUCAGGCCAAAGGAAGGCUUUGUAGCUUAUGUGUGGAUCAGACUUUGAGCUGAGCUGGAAUAGCUUGGCCAAGUUGAGGACUGUGCAUGAGCCUUUUGAGCAUGUACAAAACGGAGCCCUGAGGAUCCACCACGGCCGAAUGCCUCUUCUCCCCCCCGUAGACCGUGGCAGAGGACUUCUGAGCAAGGGUCCGAAGCACGCUAUCAUUUGCCCCUUGCAUCCUGUGGACUGGGUAAGUCCAGACCAGCAUCUGCAAACGGAAUUGCAGCUGUGGCUCGCCAUUACCCAGGGUAGCGAGCAGCAAAUCGGCUCCUGGUGGGGAACACGAGUGCCUGGAUGUGGGGCAUAUUCCCAGAGCGAGUGCCAUGGCAAGCCUUCACAUUACAUCCGCGCAUCCCCACAUAGUCUCCCGCUUCCAGGACGAGGUGCGCAGGCGUCCCUUUGUUCCACUUCUCUGGAAUCACGCAGGUGCCGUGCUGGGCCUUGGCAAGAAAGCAGAGCCCUGCUCGGCAGCGGUGAGGCUGCGAUUCGGCAAGGUCACCAGGACCUGGUGCUGUCCUAUCGAUCCAAGCUUUUCCCCCCUCCAUCCCUGCUUCCAUCCAUCCCAGACCUCCUGAAAGGAGGAAGGUGCUGACUCCCACGGAGAGUGAGGAGAGUGAGGAGAGUGAGGAGCAUCGUCGCCUGCCAGAGAUGCAGGCCAGCAUCUUCCAAGCAACUGAACUUGGGCAAAGCCCUCCAGGUGUUUGUCAUGCUUCAGGCAUACACUCGCCUUCCCCCCCUCCCCGCUUCUUUUCCAUAGUCAUCAUUUCCUUGCACACAAAUUGCCUUUUAAAAAGCCCAGGUCAAUUUAGCUGAAAGCCGCCGCGACUCGAAUCCGAGGAAGGCCCUACAGCGGGGUCUCUUUAAGUCUCUGUUCCUCUCCCUCCUGGGAGUCAACCAGAAGGAGUAAUAGAAAAAUCUUUUUUACUGCUUAAGGGGAGGCCUUAAGUAGGAAGCAACU